CUGGGAGGCCUGGCAGGGAGGGGAAGGUAAGACAUAUUUUAACAUUUUUUCAAUUUUCACAUCUAUUACAACCUUGUCAAUGCUCCAGAUUACACACAAAUGUACACUUGGCAUUACAGAACAAGCACGUACCGAGACAUUGAUAAAUAAAACCGCGGAAACACCAAAAAUAACGAAAAAUAAAACCACUCUUGACUUGGGGAGAAGAUUCUGAGGCGAGUGUCGAUCUGCAGGAAGGAAGCAAAAUUUAGAAAACCAGGCCUAUAUUGACACUCCCAGGCCUAUAGUGAGCAAUCCAAGCCUUCUGAUUCAAGACUUUUAAGUAAUAGAAGAAAACGACAACAACAACAACAACAACAACAACAACAACAACAACAACAACAACAACAACAACAAGAGAUAGAAUAUAUAAAUAAAGAAAGAAAGAAGAAGAAGAGGAAGAGGAGGAGGAGGAAGAGUUAGCGAGAGAGGGCCUCCUAACACACACACACACACACACACACACACACACACACACACACCAAAAUGUUUCGAUCAAAGGCUGGCAUCGAAAUAGCUGAUGUUCCAAACCUCAGCAAGGAGUACAUAAGGGAGAAAGUUUGGGAUUUUAUUGAAGAAAAUGACCUCGCUGAUUUUCCCAGGCCUGUUCACAACCGCAUUCCAAAUUUUAAGGGUGCGGGUGAGGCGGGCCAGCGAGUGCGUGACCUGCCGUGCUUUCAGGCGGCACAAACUGUCAAGGUCAACCCAGACAAGCCACAGGAGGAAGUGCGGUAUUUGACUCUAGAGGCACACAAAACUCUGCUAGUACCAACCCCAAGACUUCGUAGUGGCCUGUUUAAUCGCAUCUGUGGCGGCGGCGGCGACUCGAAGGACACCCUGAGGACCAUGGCCAAGACUGAGGGCAUUAAGAAGCACUCAGAACCCGUCGGCCUUGACAUGACCUCCAGGGUGGACCUCAUAGUAUUGGGGUCGGUCGCUGUGUCUCGCGCUGGAAGGAGGAUCGAAGGUGAAGGAUUUGCCGACAUGGAGUACGCGAUGAUGAGGUCUGUCGGGGCCGUGGAUGAUGAUACGAUGGUGGUGACGACGGUGCACGAUUGUCAGGUAUUUGAUGAGCUCCCCCAGCAGCUGUUUGGGCCCCAUGACCUGCCAGUGGACAUCAUCGUGACCCCAAAGGAGGUCAUCAAGGUCACACAGAGUCUCCCCAAACCCAACGGCAUAUACUGGGACCUUCUCACCUUAGAGAAGUUCCGACAGAUACCAAUUCUGCGGCAGAUGUAUGAGAAGGAGGCAGAACUUGGCAACAAUGUGACACUGGCCGGGGGGGUGGAGCUCCCCUCGGCUGAAGAGCUGAGGUGGGGAGGGAGGGCCAGAGGAAGAGGAGGAAGCAGAGGAAGAGGAGGAGGAAGAGGAAGAGGCCGAGGAGGAGGAGGAGGAGGAGGAGGAGGAGGAGGAGGAAGAUCAAGAUAUAACUCAGAAGAAGAAGAGAAAGAGAAGGAAGGAAAAGGACAGAAAAAUAUACAGCACACCCCACAGGUCACCAUUAACGUCAGCAAGAAAAAUCGCAUUGUCCGUCGCACAGUCGAGGCAACACACGAACAGGACCGUCUGGGCUCGGCUGACCUGGACGACGAGGGCGGUGGUGGUGGUGGUGGUGGAGGUGGUGGUGGAGGUGGGAGGGGGAGAGGGGAGGCAGGGCGGGGAAGUGGAGGGGCUGGAGGAUCACUGAAGAAACCACGUCUGCAGAUAACGUAUGCAGUGUUCCUCGGCAAGGUUCCCCCGGCGUGUAGAGUCCGUGAAUUGAAGGACGCACUACAUGACCGUGGUGUGCGGCCAGCGGACAUUACGUGGCGCGGAAGGAAUGGGUUUGCCUUCCUGCGGUUCGGUGGUCCAGUGGAGGAGUGUGGGGAGGUGCUGGAGAAGCUGGCCGGGCUCACUCUCCAGGACCAGGCCAUUGUGGUGGAGCGGGCCAAGGAUAGGAGGGAUGGCGGGGACGAGGAUUACUACUAUGAAGAGGGGGCUGAGGAUGAUGGUGCCCCCCGCUAUGGCUACGCCCCCGUCCCCUGCAAGCCCCCCGCAGCCCCCAAGAAAUCAAGGCUGCCCAUUACUUUUGCUGUGUUCCUCGGCAAGGUGCCCCCACAUGCAGUGCGUGAACUGAAGGAGGCUCUGCUGACUCGCGAUAUCCACCCAGCGGACAUAACUUGGCGUGGAAGGAGUGGGUUUGCCUUCCUGCGGUUUACCAGCCCUGUGGAAGACUGCCCUGGGGUCCUGUCAGCUCUGGAGGGCCUGAUGCUGCAAGAACAGGCAGUGGUGGUGGAGCGCGCCAAGGACAGGGGUGAGGAGGAGGUGGUGGUGGUGGCUCGCGAUGAGUUGAAUGGUGUAGGUGGGUCGACAGAGGUGGUUGGUGGUGGUGAUGGUGGUGGCAGUAGUGGUGAUGUGGUGUUAGGCUAGGCUAAGAUGUGUUUUAGUUUGGCGUGUUUUUUUUUUUUUUUUUCAGGUGUUUUUUUGUGUGUUUGGUUGUGUUUUGUUGUUGUUUUUUUAUUUAUUUAUUUACUUAUAUUUUUCAUGUGUGUGUAUGUGUGUGUGUCUGUUUAUUUAUUUUUUAUUAUUUAUUUUUAUGUAAGAGGAAAGUUGGCCCAGAGCAACAUAAAACGUAAAAACGCACCCACUUAGUUGCCAGUUCCCUUGCAGGUUAGAGAGAGUUAACCCCCAGGAAAACACAGAACACUGAGGUGACUAUUUGGUGAUUUUGUACAGCUUCAGAAACUCAUGUGGGGGAUUAAAAUAGUGAAGACUGUGGCCAUUAAUCUUCUGCCCUCCAUAGACCCUUCCUAAUGUCAAUAAAAUGGUCUAAUGGU